AAGGCACGGAACAAGUGGUCCAUCAUCUCAGAGAGUGCAUCAAGAUGAGUAGAGGUGGGAGCUUUGGGGGUGGACAGAGCUCUCUGGGUUACCUCUUUGAAUCAGAUGAGCCACCAAUCUCACCUUCUGGAUCUACCAAGUCCACCAAAUCUCAGAAGCCUCCAUCUGAUGAAGGUGGCAAGAACAAAGCAGAAACCCAGGAGAACACCCAAGAAAAGCCCAUCUCCAACAAUUACCACAGAGCGCAGGGCCAGAACUCAGGAAACUUCAUCACUGGUCGGCCUUCGACCAAGGUGCAGUCAGUUCCUGGUGGAAGCUCGUCUCUUGGUUAUCUGUUUGGAGAUAAAUGAUGUGUGAUCUGAAGUGGCUUCAUCAGUGGUAUGAAAUAAGGGCAUCUCAAGCCCAGUUGUAAAUGGAUUUUAUUUUAUUUUAUUUUUAAGUUAUGAUGUAUGAGACUGUGAAAUAGGUGAACAGCUGAUCUCUUUCAAGGAGGCUUAUACGACUGUGCCUCUUCUUGAUGGUGAGAACUAGGAGUUCUUUAUAGCUUUUAUUUAUUUUUUUGAGAAACCCAUCCAUGGCGGAUGGUGUUUGGCAGACACCUACUUUUUUCUUGGUAGGGAAAGGAUGGUACCAGAGAUACCAACGACCAACCAAAGAAACUCAGGGACUACCUGAGUCUAGUAGUUGUGUACAUCUUUAGAGUGGUAUUUGAAGUUUGGUCCUGCUGCUGUGUUUAUCUCCUGUGUGUAUAUUCUGUUAAUUAAUUGAUCUGAAUAUGAUCUUUGUUCAGAUUUCCAAGUGUCAACCCAUUCAAACAUCAUAAUUGUUUUAUUUGCAAAACAGAUACUAUGACCGUUUAUGAAGACCAUGAUGUUUUUAGAGAGG